GGCUGUGGCGGCGAUGGAGGAGGGGGAGUCGCGCUUCCUGCCCUUCCUGCAGCCCAUCCGCGACCUCACCAAGAACUGGGAGGUGGACGUGGCGGCCCAGCUGGGCGAGUACCUGGAGGAGCUCGAGCAGAUCUGCAUUUCAUUCGAUGGCGGCAAAACCACCAUGAACUUCAUCGAGGCGGCGCUGCUGAUCCAAGGCUCAGCCUGCAUCUACAGUAAGAAGGUGGAGUAUCUCUACUCUUUGGUUUACCAGGCGCUCGACUUAAUCUCCAACAAGAAGCGGGAGAAGCAGCCAUCAUCUAAGGGAGAAAAUGGGGCGGAUCCAGAUGUCAGCGCUGGACCAGAAUCGGAAGAGGAAAGGUUCCUGUCUUUGGAUGACAUUCAAGACAGCAGCAGAGCGAACUCAGACCUGAGGGAUAACCAUCGGCGCAGUGCUGUCACUGUCGUCCCCUUGACUCCGAUGGCCCUGGUGCCCCCAGAGGAGGCGGAAAAGAAGGACAACCCCCUGUUCAGCCGUAAAGGGGAGAUCUUGGCGAGCCGGAAGGACUUCACCAUGAACUCGUGCACUCCCCACGCCAAUGGGGCCUUCAUGGUGGAGCUGGCAGGACUUUCGCCCACUCAGUGCCUACCUGGGAGGAACAUCGAAUGGGACGGUGGCAACUCCGUGGGAGCCCAGCGCCUUGCCCCUGCACCUGGUGGGGUCCCUAUGGAGGCCAGCGUGUGUGAGAUGCCUGUUCUUGCCCUGAACUUCUCUGGGGAAGGAGCAGAAGCAGUGGGAUCCGCAUGUGGUGACGACGACGGCGGAGGUGGUGGCGACUUCUUGCUGGACAUCUCAGAUGGAGGCCCAGAGGCUCCUGCGACGGCUGCCCUGCACAAUCUGCAUCAAGCGGGUAUCCCCCAGCAGAAAGGAUACACGUUGCGGGAGAGACCUCCUGUCCCAGAGAACAAUGCUCAAAUAAAGGAGAUGCUGGACCCCUGGCGCAGCCUGGACCCAUUCAGUUCCUCAUGUGACAAGCCCCUGAAGAAAGGCAAGCCGCUCACAGUGCCCCGAAGCCUGAACGACCUGCCAGGCUCCAAGCGGAAGAGGAGGACGUCCAGCAAGCGGCAGGAAUUCACCAAGUGGUUCUUGGCCACAGAGCACGACAGAGCUGGCAGCCAGAAGAGCAAGAAAGGCCCAACGUUUUCGGAUCUGGAAAUCCUCUACUGGAAACAUGUGAAAGAACGCCUGGCUGCCCAAAGGAAGUUGCAGAAGCGAAUGCAAGGGUCGCUGCCUGCCCCGGUGCACCAGGAGCUGCCCCUUGAGGAGGAGGAGCCGGACCCUCCUGAGGAGGAGCGAGAGGAGGGCGUCCUGGACAACGUCGUCGAUGAUGGAGGAGAAGAUGAUUUUGUGGAACACAAUGACAUUCCCCUGCCAGGAGCUGCAGAGGAGCAGGCACCAGAGGGUGUGAUAGGUCUCAACGAAGCCCCCGACUGCCUUAGCUAUGAAGAGCUGGUACGGAAGAAUGUGGAGCUCUUCAUCGCCCACUCCCAAAAGUACGCUCGAGAGACGAUGCUGUCGCAGCGCAUCCGGGACUGGGAGGAGAAGAUGGGGCCGCAGCUGGAGGAGCAGGAAGCCCAGGGCGCUUUUGACAUCCACAGCUACGGGGACCGUUUGGUGUCCCGCUUGGGCCGGGUGGGCGAGUGGCGGUCCUUUGCCAGCCUGGUGGCGGGGGAGCCUGCCUUCGAGGUGUGUCGAUGCUUGCUGGCCUCCCUGCAGCUGGCCAACGACUACAGCGUGGAAGUCUCCCAGCGGCCCGGCCUGGAGGAGGCGGUGGACAGCAUGGCCGUGCGCCUGCUGACCCAGGAGAGGGCCCACGAGCGCUUCCAGACCUACACGGCCCCCUCCCUCGCCCAGUAG